GUGUGACGUAUUUCCUGAGGAGCGGCGCGUGGACCGCCUCUCCGUCCAGCUCUAGUGGAGGAUCCUCGCGUUUUGGCUUGUGUUUUUGUUUGUAUUGUAUUUUCAUUCCGAGUCCUUUUUUUUUUCGUUCCCUUCUCGGUGACUUGAACAUGUCCAGACAGCAAUGUUAGCGUUCGGUCCAAAAGGCGAGCCGUUGAAAACGAGCCGUUGCUCUUCAGCCGCGUCGCGUAACGGAAACCAGAUCCAAAGAAAGCUAGCUGGCUAUGGCAAAGUUUGUGUGCGGUACAGCAGAUAGGUGUGUGUGUAGAGUUGUGAAGUAACUCGUUUACGGACGAACCUGUCAGGACAUUUGGACAGCCAACGUAAAAGCUUCGUGGUCUCUGCUGGUGUUUUAUAGUACGAAACGACGCAUAUAUACAAACGCGCACACAAGCAAGCAGCUGUGAGGUUUUAAAAAACCGGACUAACGGAGCUUCCCAUGUGAAACAUGACUCCGUGAACACACGACCACUCUUGUUUGGGCAGCUCCUGUACACUGCUGGUUCAGUUCUCGCUUUUUGCGUGGCAUACUGCUCUUGUUUUGUAACCUGGCUCGACUGUUUGGAACCAGGAAAUCCGUAGACAGCAGUCUAAUUUAGAUAUCAAGGCAGCCAGUUACUUCAACACGACUUAUAGGACAUCCGUCUUUUUGUUUAAAACCAGUGGAUCCGAACAGGGAAACUCCCAGCAGACUGUAUUCAACACAUCAGCAUCCGAAACCCCAAAUGUUGUCUGAGGUGAUCUGAAAGAUUUGCUGCAUCCGCUUCAUGUGCACGUUUUGAGGGAUUUGAAGACCCGAGGUUUCUGUGACCUCCACCCUCUCUGAUGGAGCUGUGCCUGGCCUGCUUGCCACUCGUCACGUUGCUGACCCUCCUGACUGCCGAGGUCACGCCGUCCCUUGCCCAGAAGGUUUACACAAACUCAUGGGCCAUCCAUAUCAGCGGAGGAGAGGAGGAAGCCAACCGCAUUGCCCAGAAACAUGGGUUCAUUAACCAUGGCAAUAUAUUUGGAGAAUACUACCAUUUCCGGACCCACAAGGUGGUGAAAAGGUCUUUAUCUCAACACAGAGGAACACACAUUCGCCUACACAGGGAACCGCAGGUAAAAUGGGCAGAGCAGCAAGUGGUGAAACAGAGGAAGAAGAGGGACAUUUACUCUGAGCCAGUUGACCCCAAGUUUUCACAGCAGUGGUACCUGUACAAUAGCAACCACCGUGACCUCAACGUGAAGGAGGCCUGGCAGCAGGGUGUUACCGGACAGGGUGUGGUCGUGUCCAUAUUGGAUGACGGAAUCGAGAAGAACCACCCAGACCUCGAGCGUAAUUAUGACCCUGAUGCCAGCUUCGAUGUGAACGAUGGCGAUCCAGACCCUCAGCCUCGCUAUACCCAGCUCAACGAUAACAGGCAUGGCACACGAUGUGCUGGAGAGGUAGCUGCUGUUGCCAACAAUGACAUCUGUGGUGUCGGUGUAGCCUACAAUGCCAAGAUUGGAGGUGUGCGAAUGUUAGAUGGAGAGGUGACUGAUGUGGUGGAGGCUCAGUCUCUAAGCCUCAACCCUCAGCACAUAGACAUCUAUAGCGCUAGCUGGGGGCCUGAGGAUGACGGUAAAACUGUGGACGGCCCUGCCAAGCUGGCAAAGGAGGCUUUUUUACGAGGAGUAACGGAGGGUCGUGGUGGUCUGGGCUCGAUCUUUGUGUGGGCAUCUGGCAAUGGCGGGCGGGAGAAAGACAGCUGCAACUGUGACGGCUACACCAACAGCAUCUACACACUCUCAAUCAGCAGCAGCACACAGUACGGCAACGUGCCAUGGUACAGCGAGGCCUGCUCCUCCACCCUGGCCACUACCUACAGCAGUGGUGGACUCAACGAGAAACAGAUUAUCACUACAGACCUGAGACAGAAGUGUACAGACUCCCACACAGGCACCUCAGCUUCAGCUCCUCUGGCUGCAGGCAUCAUAGCCCUCGCCCUGGAAGCCAAUAAAAACCUGACAUGGAGGGACAUGCAGCACCUAGUUGUGAGGACAUCUACUCCAGCUCACCUGAUCACCGACGACUGGAAGACCAAUGGUGUUGGACGCAAAGUAAGCCAUUCGUAUGGCUACGGCCUGCUGGAUGCUGCUGCCAUUGUAGCCCAGGCUAAGAACUGGACCAGUGUAGGCCCCCAGCAGAAGUGCGUUAUCUCCAUGGUAUCUGAACCCAGGAACAUUGGAAGCCAUCUGGUGAUCACCAAGAGUGUAGAUGCGUGCUCAGGCAAGUCCAACUUUGUGAGCUCUCUGGAACAUGUCCAAGCCCAGCUCACACUGUCAUACAACCGUCGUGGAAACUUGGCAAUCCAUCUGAUCAGUCCACAGGGCACCCGUUCGACCCUGCUCGCCCCCAGACCUCAUGACUAUUCCUCUGAAGGCUUCAACGACUGGGCCUUUAUGACCACUCACUCAUGGGAUGAAGACCCUCGGGGCAAGUGGACUCUGGAAAUUGAGAAUGUGGUUGGAACCAGUGACUAUGGCACUCUGACUCAGUUCACACUGGUUCUCUAUGGCACUGCCUCCACAUCAUCUGACUUGUCAACACUAAACUCCAUCCAGCUCCCUGAAGACGGCUGUAAAACCUAUGAUCUCAGACAGAUUUGCACAGAGUGCAACCCUGGGUUCUACAUGCACCAGCAGGUUUGUGUACAGGAGUGCCCUGCAGGCUUUACGUCCGUCACCCACUCUGAGCUUUCUUCAGAUAACGAGGUGUCUCCUGUCGUGCAUCCGUCCUGCAUGCCCUGCCACGAACUCUGUCUUACAUGCAGUGGCACAGGGCCAACAGACUGCCUCUCCUGUCCGCCCCACAGCCACCUAGACCUACCCACUGGUACUUGUCAGCACCAAAACCAGAUUCAGCGUGAAUCGCCCGACGCUGCGUUCUUCCCACCACAUGGCAGCGGCUCCUCUGGCAUCCUGAAUCUACAGCUCUCAUCCAGUCUGCCUGCCACUGUAGCAGUGCUCAGCUGUGCCUUUAUUGCAGCUACUUUUGUAGUGGUGUUUGCCCUGCUCCAGUUCCACUCGUAUAGUCUCACUAAAGUGUACAGUUCUGAAUCCAGCGUGGGCUCUGUAAUGCGUGCCAGCUUUGGCCUGGGCAUGGCACGCAAUGGCAUCAUUUCCUACAAGGGUAUCCCAAGCGUGUGGAACGACGACGGAGGUAACUCGGAGUCUGAGAACGAUGAGUUCGACAUUCACAAUGAGAGAACUGCCUUCAUCAAAACACAAAGUGCUCUUUAACCCUCCCCCCACACACACUUUUGCUAUCUGUCCUCUCUGCACCUAUUUUCUUCCUUUUUGAAGAUCUGGUCUUUCACAGGCUCAUCUCCCCUUUCUUUCUUUGGGUUUAAUCCUGCUGUUUUUUUUCUUAUAUCUUAUUUUCCCCAGUGGCGAGCUGUAUCGCCAGGGUCACUCUGAACACGUCUUUUCUUGCUCAUUUGGCCUCGGUGCCUCAAAAUGAUAGCCUCCAUGUCUGAUUGGCUGGAGGAUAAGACAAAACAGUUGAUUGCCCCAGGCUUGCCAGCAGGACUCUCCAAAAACACAAUAAACACAACGAUUGUCAUUUA